UGAAUAAUCUACUGGCACUAAUAUGACUCUAUACAAAUUUUAUAAACAACCUAAAAUGUUUAAAAACGUAAAAAUAGGCGUGGCCAAUCACGGUCACAUGACCACUGUGCGCAUUUCUAUUCGCUAUUAGACUCAAGAGGGUUAGAUGUUUUUGUUAGAAACGAGGAAGUUAGACAGUAGUAGCUGGAGUCGGUACAGUAUCGACACGGUAUCGACACGGUAUCGACAGCACAUUGGCUCUAACUGGACAGUUUGUAGCAGUAGACUUCGGUAUUGUGUUGAUGUUGUAGGAAAGGCGACUGUCGAGAUGGAGGAGAGGUCUCGCAGCUGCUUGCUGCGUUUCAGGACAGUCCUGGAGCAGGACAUCAAGGCUUCCUACCUGAUGGACCACAUGAUCAGUGACGGGAUCCUGACUGCAGAUGAGGAAGAGAAGAUCUACAGUAAGCCCACCAGGAAGGAGCAGGCAGUAGCAUUGCUGGAUGUUUUACUGUGUAAAGGCAACAUGGCGUACAUCUCCUUCUACAACGCACUGAUCCGAGAGAGCUAUGGAGACCUGGCCGGGCUGCUUCACAGUGACCUGCCACAGCUCAGCCUUGAGGGGGAAAAGACUUUUAACGGCAUCUCUUACUCGGUGCAGGUGAUCCUGAGUGAAGGGGGCGUUCCCCAGAGGCCCGUGGUGUUUGUGAACCGUCCUGAUCUGCUUAAGCUACUCCGGGAGAAGCUGCAGCGGCUGCAGAACACUCCGGGAUGGGUGACCGUGUUCGGCAUGGCCGGGUCAGGGAAGUCCGUGAUUGCGGCCGAGGCCGUGAGAGAUCUGGCGCUGAUCACCGAGUGUUUUCCUGAUGGAGUUCACUGGCUGUCAGUGGGACAGUGUGAGAAAGCAGAUCUCCUGGUGAGGAUGCAGUCUCUGUGCUUUAGACUGGAGCAGGGUUCAGAGGCGAGCUUAAGGGCGCCCAGCACCUUGGAGGAGGCCAAAGAGCGCCUGCGUUUCCUCAUGCUGCGCAGGUUUCCCAGGUCCCUGUUGAUCCUGGAUGAUGUGUGGGACAGUUACACUCUCAGGGCAUUCGAUAUCCAGUGCCGAGUCCUCUUGACCACUCGGAACAGCAGCCUAACUGACUCCGUGAGCGGUCACAGGUUCAAGGUGCCCGUUGAGAGCGGGCUGGAUGACGAGAAGGCUCUGGAAAUUCUCGCUCUGUACGUCAAUGGAAAAUCUUCUCAGAGUCUUCCAGAGCAGGCUCGCAGCAUCGUGAAAGAAUGCAAAGGCUCUCCUCUGGUCGUGUCUCUGAUUGGAGCACUGCUCAGAGACUUUCCUGAACGCUGGGGCUACUACCUAGAGCAGCUGAGAAAAAAGAAAUUCAAGCGAAUACGCAAGUCUUCCUCUUAUGAUUACGAGGCUCUGGAUCAGGCCAUGGACGCAAGUCUGCAGGUCCUCGAAGACGAUCACCGUGAGCUCUAUAAAGAUCUGAGCAUUCUGGAGAAGGAUGUCAAAGUGCCUGCCAAGGUGCUGUCUGUGGUGUGGGGUCUGGAGCUGGAGGAAGUGGAAGAUGUCCUCCAGGAGUUUGUGAACAAAUCUCUGUUGUUUCGUGAUUGUAACCACCGGCCGUAUCUCUACUUCCUACACGACCUGCAGCUCGACUUCCUCACAGAGCAGAACCACAAUCAGCUACCGGAGCUGCACGCUAAAGUGGUCUGUCAGUACCAGGAAGCAUACCGAGGAAUCCCGCCCCUUUUUGGAGACGUGGAAGGAUUAUACUGGUAUCGUUUCUUACCGCAUCACAUGGCACAAGCGAAGAUGACCAAGGAACUUUAUUCUCUCAUGUUCUCACUAGACUGGGUACAGAAUAAGGCUCAGGUGAUGGGAUCCGCCCACUUGAUCAAUGACUACGUGGAGCACGGUGAUAUCCUCGAUAAAGAGAACAGCGAGGUGAGGCUGCAGUUUCAGGAGUUCUUGUCUUUAAACGGCCAUCAGUUGGAGCAGAGGCCUUUCCCUGACGUUCUGCAGCUGGCGCUGGCUCAGCCGCACACCUCCGAGGUCUACAGACAGGCUUUUCUGCAAGCGCAGGAGAAGGCCAGCAGGGGGCAGCUCUACCUGGACUGGGUGAACAAGAGCAGUCUGGAGAGUCUGUCACGACUUGUGCUGCAUCCUCACCAGAACUCUGUGUACUACGCAUGCUUCUCUCGAGACGGCAGCAAGAUCGCCUCCUGUGGCGCCAGCAAAAGUCUGCGGGUGUUUAAGAGUACCUCUGGAGAGAAGGUCCAGGAGAUCCAGGCUCAUGAUGAUGAAGUUUUGUGUUGUGCUUUCUCACCUGAUGACCGCCAAAUAGCAACCUGCUCCAGUGACAGGAAGGUUAAGAUCUGGAGUUUAGACAAAGGCAUUCUGGUGCGUGAGUUUGAUGUUGAGCACGAGGAGCAGAUUAAUCACUGCCAGUUCACAAACAAGAAUCGGCGCAUCCUGCUGGCCACCAGCUCUAACGACAAAUUCACCAACACCAAGGUGUGGAACAUGAACAAGCAGACGUCUCAGAACACCAUGUUCGGUCACACUGAUGGUGUUAAUCACUGCUGCUUCUCUCCUGAUGACUCCUAUCUCGCUACGGCCUCAAACGACGGAACACUAAAGCUGUUUGAGGUGACCUCUGCAAACGAGUGGAAGUCUAUCGACGUCACCAGUCUCUUUCCAGAGGGCGAUGACGCAAGCGUGUCUGUGAAGUGCAGCACCUGGUCAGUCGACGCCAAGCGCAUCAUCGCUGCUGCAAAGAACGCAGUCUUUGUAUUUGAUGUAGAGACACAGGACAUGUUAUUGGAGAUUCGAACCAGUCGUCUGAGCACAGUGCUGUACUGUCAGGCCUGUCCCAAUAGUCAGCUCGUAGCCUUAGCGCUGUCACACUACACUGUGGAGCUGUGGAACUUUGAGACUAAUAAGAAGAUGGCUGAAUUCAGUGGGCACCUGAGCUGGGUGCCUUGUGUACAGUUCUCUCCUGAUGGCUCGCUCCUCCUUUCAGCCUCUGAUGACCAGACUAUCAGACUGUGGGAGACCGAGCACGUGCACACUACUUCAGCUGUUGCUCUGAAGAGAGAUUUUGACGUUCUCUUCGGUCAGGAGGACAUUAUGGUGGCGGCAGCUGACAGCCGGAACAGAUUACAGGUUCGUUCGGGCCCAGAGGGUAGAGUAGUGCUGGAGACCACGACACAGAAAUCGAGGAUUCGUUGUGUCUGUAUCUGCAGACAGAAGCCUACUGUGGCGCUGGGCAUGGAGGAGGGCAGCGUGCAGGUUCUCGAGGUUCCCUCAGGUAAAACUUUAGCCACACUUGAUGGUCACACCAAAACUGUGCACCACUGCCUCUUCACUGAUGAUGGACAAACUCUAAUCACAUCCUCAGAGGAUACUACGAUCAGGGUGUGGAGGUGGAUGACAGGACACUAUCUGGUAUUAAAAGGACACGAGGAGCCAGUUAGAAGGUUUCAUCUUCUGAGCUCAUCUUCUUUAUCGUCUGCACUGCUGUCAUGGUCAUUUGAUGGCACUGUGAAGGUGUGGGAUCUGAACUCAGGAGAGAAGCUCCAGGACCUGAAGUGCCAUCAGGGUGCAGUUCUGUCAGGUGACAUAUCCCCUGAUGGACAUCUCUUCAUCACCACCUCAGCAGACAAGACAGCAAAGGUGUGGAGCUGUUCAUCAUGGAGCAUGGUGUUCUUCCUGCAAGGCCACAAAGCCUGCGUGCGCAGCUGCCGCUUCUCCUGGGACAGCAAGCGCCUUGCCACCGGUGAUGACAACGGCGAGAUCAGGCUCUGGAGCACGUUGAAUGGAAACUUGCUGAAGAUCUGCUCCCUAGAGAAAAAGGACUCUAUGGAUUCCUUCCACGGAGGCUGGGUGACCGAUCUGCACUUUUCUCCUGAUAACAAGGUCCUCGUGUCUACUGGAGGAUACAUCAAGUGGUGGAGUGUGGACAGAGGAGAAGCCCUGCAGACCUUCUACACUACAGGAAACAACCUGAAGCACAUCUGCGUCUCGUCCGACUUCAAAACAUUUGUCACCAUCGACAACAUCGGCAUCCUGUACAUCCUGAAGCAGGUGGAACGAGGACAGCUUUAGGAUGGACUCAGAAUCCAGACUCAUAAAUCAUUUCCUGUGCUUUAUUUCUGGGCCUGUCUGCAGCUUCUUGAAAAGUGUAGACGGUUUUAUGAACGCAGCUGUAACUUGUGAAAAUGACCUGUUCUGCAAUGCAUGUUCUGUUGCCUUGUGAAUGCAACAUCAGCUUUUCUAGGACAAUCUUUGUCGUUCUGUUCUAAUUUAAAAUGUUCUCACUUACACCACUAUGAAGGUUUGGAUAAGCCUUGUACCACUGUGCCUGAGCAUUUAAGAGCCUUAA